CAACCUAUAAGAACAGCUGCUGCUGGCCGUAGCAUCAGUCAGUUCGUUGACAGUGUGGAAACAAUCGGUAUUACUCGAAAAGCUUGGUUUUCUCUCCCUGGGAUUACAUUGAGCAGAGAUGGCAGCAGCUGAAGUUAUCUCAAGUCAGAGUGUGGUAGAGCGAGUGACCAGCCUCCCUCUGGUUAUUUCCACCUACGGCUUGGUUUCCAGCGUCUACUCCAACACCAAAGACAACCACCCGUACAUCAGGACCGUGUGUGAGGCUGCCGAGCAGGGAGUCCGGACCCUCACCUCUGUGGCCCUCACCACCGCCUCACCCAUCAUCGACAAGCUGGAACCUCAACUUGCCAUCGCCAACAACCUGGCCUGUAAAGGUUUGGACAAGAUUGAGAAAACUCUGCCAAUUCUCCACCAGCCCUCAGAUCAGAUCGUUUCCAGCGCUAAGGAUGUGGUAACCACUGCUAAAGACGUGAUGACGGGCCGAGUGUCCGAGGCUAAGGGAACCGUCUCGGACACUCUGACCAGCGUCGUGGGCGUUGUGCAGGACAGGAUGGAGAAAACCAAGGCUGUGGUCAGCGGGAGUGUGAGCUCGGUGCUUGAAAGCAAAGUGGCUCAGCUGGUCAGCAGCGGAGUGGACACGGCCCUCAGUACAUCUGAGAGUCUGGUGGAGCAUUAUUUACCUCUGACGGAGGAAGAACUGGAGCUGGAGGCAAAAACGGAGAAGAGCAUCGACGUAAAGCAGCCGAGCUACUACGUCCGCCUGGGCUGCCUCUCCACCAAACUGCGAAGGAGAGCGUACACCACGGCCAUGGCCACAAUACAGGAAGGGAAGCAACGCAGCAUGGAGUUCAUUUCUGAGCUCAACUCCACUUUUGAGCGGAUUGAAAAUCGCAGAAAGAACAAGGUGAAUUCCUCGGUGGCAUGGAGGUCCGCUGGUGGCAGUCAGGAGAAGGGUCAUGAAGCAGAGGUGAUCGAGUCUCGCACCUUGGCUCUGGCACGUUCCCUCACCCAGCAGCUCCAGACCACCUGCCUGGUCCUGGUCUCCAGUCUACAGGGUCUCCCCAACAACAUCCAACAGGAGGCGCUCUCCCUUAGCCACUCGGCCUUGCAGGUCUACAGCAGCUUCAGCAGAGCCAGGGUUCUGGGAGAUCUUCCAGACACCGUGUUGGCCAGCAGCAAAGCUCAGCUGCACAAAAUGAAAGAUUCCCUGGACAACGUCAUGGAUUACCUGGUCAACAACACACCGCUCAACUGGCUGGUGGGUCCCUUCUACUCCCGCGUGGACCCCCAACCCACCCGAGCAUCCACCUCUGCUGACCUCCAAGCUUCACCCUCCAGAUGUGCUUCCUCUCAGCUGCUCAGGGAGGAGCCCAUGGAGGUGGAGAUGGAGUCACUACAGUCCCCUCAGGAGCAGUGAUCCCACUAUAUGCUCAGAGUUUUAUUGUAUUCUGUGGCAGUAGGCAAAGAUUUCACUCUUAUUAAAACAUGUUCAAUGCUCUAUA